CUCUUAUUAAGAGUGCGGUGUGCCGUAUCGACAACCAGCCUGCCAUAAUGUGGUGGUGGCUGCUGCUCACUUUUCCUUGGACUAUUCAUUCUCAAAAUGAGGAAUGGUGCGAUCCAAGCUUGUGCGAACAAGAAUUGCACAUACUGUGCAGGGAUACUGGGAAUUUUUACAACUCGUGCCCACGAGAUCAGGCAAAACUCAUCCCAAUGACAGAAAAGGCCAUAACGAUGUUCACGCAUGUGCAUAACGAUUUGAGAAACAAAGUAGCAGCUGGCUACAAGGAUAUGCCAAAGGCAGCGAGAAUGUUGGAGAUGCAGUGGGAUCGGGAUCUGGCGAAAGUGGCCGAGGCGGCUGUGAGGCUGUGUAGAUUGGAGAAGCUCUGGUGUGCCACAACGCCAAUGUAUAUGUGGACAGGUCAGAACGAAGCCUUGGAUAUGUCUGACUGCCUCAGGAGUAGUGAUUUGGUAAUAAGAAAACACCUGGACGAGUGGAUCAGACAGGGAGACUAUUCACGUAUGAAUCAUUUGACUAAUCCUUUCUCUGGGGAAACCGCAUGGCACUUUCUUCAAAUGGUACGCGAUAGAAGUGACCGCUUUGGAUGCGCCGUCAGUCGCUAUACCGAUAGAAAUAUAACGCAUCAGCUGAUGAAAUGCAUGUAUAAAUGCAGCAUUGCGGUGUCCAACACCGUAAAUCCCGUGUACGAAGUUGCACACACACACGGAGGUGAAAAAUGUGUUUCAGGCCGCAGCACUGGUUACAAACAAUUAUGCCAUAAAAGGGAAAAGGCUAAACCAUGUUGGGAAAAAGAUGCACCUACCCCUUCUCCCAAUCUUUGUGAUCCUCCUUUUCCAAAAUGUAAGCCUGGUUCUCCUGGUCCUCCUGGUCCACCAGGUCCUCCUGGUCCACCUGGUCCACCUAGUCCAUCUGGUCCACCUAGUCCACUUCCUCCCUACCCUCCGACAGAUAAAUACGUACCACCUCCAAUACCUAAGAACCCCCCUAUUCCCCCACCUGGACCUUCUUAUCCCUACCCAUCACCGCCUCCAAUGUAUGAGAGCCCCCCGCCCUGGUUCAAUAUAUUAGGUCUCCGGACAGGUGGAGCUCUGCCAAGAAAAGCCCGACCGAGGCCUCGAAUAAACUCAAAAGUGUUAGGCAGCGCGGAGUAUGACUUCUCCGAUUACGUACAAGAUGUUGAUCCCUGUGACAGCUGCACCUCGUCAUCAUGCAAUUUAAAAUAUCAUUGCUUUUAAUUUAUUCGCAAGUUUUGUAAAUCAGAAUCAGCCAAAUUAGCACCUCAUACUAUUUUUAGCCAAGACAAGUCUUUAAGCAAGUCUAAAAAUUUUUAGAUAAACUGGAAACUGUAAACAUAAAA